AUGGGGUGUGAUCGAUCUAUGGGCUCCCACUGUUAUGGAGAGUAUGUUAGUGGAGCUAUAAGUGAUGAACAGAGAAAGAAUGUCCUCCUCAAUUCCUGUCCUGGAGCAGGAGCAUGUGGUGGCAUGUACACAGCCAAUACCAUGGCUUCCGCCAUUGAAGCUAUGGGAAUGUCCCUUCCUUACAGUUCUUCGAUACCUGCUGAAGACCCAUUGAAGUUGGAUGAGUGUCGUUUAGCUGGAAAAUAUCUGCUAGAAUUGCUAAAGAUGGACUUGAAACCACGUGACAUAAUCACUCCAAAAUCACUUCGUAAUGCCAUGGUUAUUGUCAUGGCCCUCGGAGGAUCCACCAAUGCUGUUUUGCAUCUGAUUGCUAUCGCUAGGUAG